AAAUAGACAGAGAGCAGAGCGAGACAAGAGGGUGAGACAAGCCUGUGUGUGUGUGUGGAAUAUGAAACUGAGCUCCUCUCACACUUCUUAAACCUUCUCUCUCUCUCUCUCUCUCUCUCUCUCUGUCUGAGGUCGCCGCGGUCUCUCUUCCCACAUUAUGUGUGUGGAGUGAGACAGAGUGAGACAGCAUUAUCAGCACGACUGGUGUAGUAUGUGUAUGUAAGGACUCUCUGUGUGUGACUCUCUCGGCCGUGUGUGUGUUUUGUGCGUAUGUUUAGGGGCUGAGCUCAGAGCCCCCGUGGACGUCCUGAGAGCAGUGGGAGGCUGUCGUUCCCCCCAGGGACCCCUGCAUGCAGAUGGUGUGAGCAGUCAGGGGAAAAGUUUAUGACAGUUCUGUAUUCUGUUCACGACCGCCUCAUGGAUCCCUGUGAUUUUGUGGAUACAGCGACAGACUUUAUACCGGGCUGUUUCUCUUUGACUCAGUAAUGCACUGCUGGUGGACAGAGUCACGCUCUGGAUUGGAUCUUGGGGUCUCGCUGUGAAUCUUAUAUUGGAUUGGUUUGGUUCUACUGGACCUGUCUUGGAUCUGUGGACACAGCAGUUUUUAGGCAAGGUCUGCUGGUUUGGUCAUGGAAGAGCAGUCUGGCAGCGCAGGCAGCAGUCCACAGCAGGGCCGCGGGUCGGGCAGACAGGACGUCCUUCGCUGCGGUUGGCUCCGGAAGCAAGGCGGCUUCGUGAAGACCUGGCACACGCGUUGGUUCGUCCUCCGAGGAGACCAGCUAUACUAUUACAAGGAUGAAGAUGAGACCAAGGCGUUGGGAACCAUUUCUCUACCUGGAAACAGAGUCACAGAACAUCCCAGCAGUGGGGACGAAGGUGGAAAGUUCCUCUUUGAAGUCAUCCCAGGGGGCGACAGGGAGCGAAUGACAUCCAACCAUGAGACGUACCUCCUUAUGGCCAGUACACAGAAUGACAUGGAGGAUUGGGUGAAGAGCAUCCGCCGCGUCAUAUGGGCUCCGUUUGGAGGAGGAAUCUUUGGUCAGAAAUUAGAAGAGACUGUUCGAUAUGAGCGUCGCUAUGGCAACAAAAUGGCACCCAUGCUGGUGGAGCAGUGCGUGGACUUUAUCCGGCUCUGGGGUCUGCGAGAGGAAGGACUCUUCCGGCUGCCCGGACAAGCCAACCUGGUCAAAGAGCUUCAGGAUGCUUUCGACUGUGGAGAGAAGCCGUCUUUUGACUGUAACACAGAUGUACACACCGUGGCGUCUCUGCUGAAGCUGUAUUUGAGAGAGCUACCUGAGCCUGUCAUCCCUUUCUGUAAAUAUGAGGAGUUUCUGGCCUGCACCAAACUAUUCAGCAAAGACCAGGAUGCUGGAAUGAAGGAAUUAAAAAGACAAGUGGAAGGUCUACCUCAAGUGAACUACAAUCUGUUAAAAUACAUAUGCAAGUUUCUGGAUGAGGUGCAGUCCUACUCAGGGGUGAACAAAAUGAGUGUCCAGAAUCUUGCAACAGUCUUUGGGCCAAAUAUCCUGUGGCCAAAAGUCGAGGAUCCAGUCACUAUAAUGGAAGGCACGGUACUGGUCCAGCAGCUAAUGGCGGUUCUGAUCGGACGGUAUGAGUUUCUGUUCCCGCCUGAAGAGGACAGCACCCUGGAACUGGUCAAUAACAACAACAACGAGCCUCAAAAACGGUCGACAAACGGUCAGCUACAAAACACAGAGAACAACAACACCAGCAGCGUACGACAGUGUACCUGGGACACACCCGAAUCACCCAGCCGGGCUCCACUGGACAACGGCUCCCCCCGUUCGGUAAGCCCUCGUAACGGAUUCACCGGCCAGCGGUUUGAGGUGUCCCGCAGCCCGCCACUCAUGGUAAAGAAAAAUCCAGCGUUCAUCAAAGGCAGCGGUAUCGUCACCAAUGGCUCCUUCAGCUCGUCCUCCGGCGAGGCCAAUCAAGAGAAGAAUCAGACUCUGCCCAACAUGGGCACCCUGCAGGCCCGACGGACGGGUGCGAUAAAAGGCUUGGGUACAAAGAUGGGCGUUCAAAACGGUAUUGCACGAAUGGGCGUGUCUAGCGCAGACGUGACGAACGGGACUAUGAAUGGGCGUAACGGACUGUGGGCGGCCAAUGGUCACGUCACGCUGCGGGAGGGGAAAACCCCAAACUCAGAACACCAGCAAAAUCGACUGUCUACGUACGACAACGUCCAAAUCCAGCAUCAGAUGCAGCAGAUGCAACCCUGUCUCAGCAGCAGCUGUGAGGACAAGCAGAGCGUGGACAGCGCCACCUGGUCCACCUCAUCUUGCGAGAUCUCUCUUCCGGAGAACUCCACCUCUUGUCGCUCUUCGACGACCACUUGCCCAGAGCAGGAUUUCUUCGGCAACAACUUCGAGGACCCGCUGUUGGACGGGCCGGUGCAGGAAGACAACGGACUGCUGGCGGACGACAGGGAACAGAGGACCAGUAACGGAGGCAGACGGGAAAGCAGAGGAACCAGUAGCAGCGAUAACAGCGAUACGUUUGCCGUUGCUAAUGGACCGACCAAUCACAGCGCACUACACAGCCUAGUGGCCAGUCUCAAACAGGAAAUGAGCAAACAGAAAAAUGAGUAUGAGGCCAGAAUCAAAAGUCUUGAACACCGAAACCUAGAAUUGGAGACCGUGAUGGCAAAUCUACAUGAAGAGCUGGACCAGGAGAAGAAGAAAUACACCAUGGUGGAGAUCAAGCUGAGGAACGCCGAGCGAGCCAAGGACGACGCGGAGAAGAGAAACGAAAUGCUGCAGAAGGAGAUGGAACAGUUCUUCUCUACCUUCGGAGACCUGACCGCAGACCCGCGAAGACCUGACAGAGCCAACACCAUCUGGAUUCAGUGAGGAGGCACGUUGGACAUCAUCAUUUUCAUUCAGGCCUGCCAUUAACUAUUAUUUCUGUACAUUGUGUGGGCUGGGCUCAGACAGAACGUGUCUAAAUGAACCUUUACGGCAGAGCAAAACCUAUCAAGCCAAAUUUCUGAGAUGAUUGGACCAGCUGUUAAAUUAUGUUUGGAUUUGUUGAGAGAGAUGAUUAGAUGGUGCUACUUGGAUCUCGAGAACAUGAUACGGUAGAAUGCUUUGAAUUGUGGUCAUGGUUUGUGGAAAGACAAGCACGAGUGUCAUUAAUGGAGAGAAAGAUAUGCAGUCUUCUCUUUGAGAGCGUUGAUGAAGAAACCCUUGACUGUUGCAGUUCUUUACGGUUACAUAAAUGAACGGUGAUGAAAAACGCUUGAAGGACAACAGAACCACAAAUGUCACUCACAUUCUUUGUGUGAUCCAACCAAAUGUGUCCUUGAACUGUCACUGCGUCAUAGAUCCACCUUGUGUAUAUAAAGCAAGAUUCCAAGAUGAAAAGUAAUGUCUGUAUAAAUGUUCAUGUACGUACGGAUAUUUAAAGAAUUCUUAAUGCGUUACAUAUAAGUUUUAUAUCAAGGCUUUUCCUUGCACUUACUGUAAACAUACGGUUUGCUUUUUUCAGUAUGGUACGAAUGUGAGAUGGUGACCAAGAGUCGCUUGUGCCUCUUUAAAGGUCCAGUGUUGAAAUUUAGCGGCAUCUAGUGGUGAGGUUGCGAAUUACAACCAACGGCUCACUCCACCCCUCCCUUUCGAAGCACUACGGUGGCUGACACAGGACUAAGAUGUCGUCACGUUUUCGCUUCUUUGCCGAAGCAGAUGACGUAUUUACAAAACACGCUCUGUAGAGCAGUUUGUCCGUUUAGGGCUACCGUAGAAAAAACAUGGUAGAAUUCCAUGUAAGGGUCCCCGCUGUGUUUGUGGAUAGAAAUGGCUCGUUCUGAGGGAAUAAAUACAUGACGCUUCAUUAUCUUUAUACACCUCUGAAGACAUAGUUUUGUGUAUUAUGUUGCAUUUCUGUCAAAAGAUCCCAAAAAAUGACCCACUGGACCUUUAAAUUCAUCUUUAUAUCCUAUAAAUCAAGACUAAAAAUAUGUAGACAAGGUGACUGAUGUGUAUGCAUAUGGUUACAUAGAAUGAUUUUAAUCCACAUAGAAGCAACCCAAGUGUGGCAGAUAUAUUAUUUGUACACCAAAUGUUUGUCUUAAAACAUUUAAAAUUGAAAUGUCCAAUACUGACUAGCCGGAAACUUGCCAUAUUAACACUUUAAUGGACAUUUAAAAGUAUAAACAAGAAAAUAUUUCAGCACAAAAACAAGCCCAAAGUAAUAUCACUAUCUGUCCCCGAUAUACAGCCAGCGCUUGUGCAUGAUGUCACCAAAUGUGGGCGGGGCCUGUCUCUUAGUUCUAGAGUCUGGUACACCACUGAAGGAGACCUGUAAAUACUUUUUGAAAAACAUGCAAAUGCUUAUUUGUGCCGCACAUCAUUCGCUUUAAGGACGUCUGGAGAGACUCAAGUGGAGUUUAUGUUUUCAGAUCACACAUCUGUGGUUUUUGUUCUUUGCCUGUUUGUAAUGGAUGCUCACAGCUGUCCAUGCUUCUACUGUAGCUCGAUGCAUUCAGUGAAAUGCAAUUAAAUUAAAUUAUGUCA